ACUUCACUUGUCGCUGCACUAGGAAAUAGGAAGUUACUUUGAGCUUCAGCUUCACUACUGAUAACCUCCACAAUGAAGUUUGAACAACUGUGUUUGGUUUCCUUAACAUUGUUCAUCCAUGUUGCUUCAACAACUACGCCCCCGUUUUCAUGUGAUUCAUCAGACCCAACAACAAAAAACUACCCAUUUUGCCAAAGUACACUCCCCGUUACUCAAAGGGCUAGGGACCUUGUUUCCAGGUUGACCUUAGAUGAGAAAAUCUCUCAACUUGUUAACUCAGCUCCUGCAAUUCCACGACUUGGUAUCCCCGCCUACGAGUGGUGGUCGGAGGCACUGCAUGGUGUUUCCAAUGUCGGCCCUGGCAUCAAGUUCGAUGGUACUAUCAAAGCCGCCACUAGCUUCCCUCAAGUCAUUCUCGCUGCCGCUUCUUUUGAUGCUUAUCAAUGGUACCGCAUUGGACAAGCUAUUGGAAGAGAAGCAAGGGCAAUAUAUAAUGCAGGAGAGGCAAAAGGGUUAACAUUUUGGGCACCAAAUAUUAACAUAUUUAGGGACCCCAGAUGGGGAAGAGGGCAGGAAACACCAGGGGAAGAUCCACUUGUUGCAGGGAAAUAUGCAGCGUCGUACAUAAGAGGGAUACAAGGUGACACUUUUGAAGGAGGGAAACUUGGGCAGCAUCUUCAAGCUUCAGCUUGUUGUAAGCAUUUUACAGCUUAUGAUUUGGAUAACUGGAAGGGAAUGAACCGGUUUGUCUUUGAUGCUCGGGUUACGGUGCAAGAUUUAGCGGAUACAUACCAACCACCGUUCGAGAAGUGCGUAAGGGAAGGAGGAGGGAGUUGCAUGAUGUGCGCAUACAAUAGAGUGAAUGGAGUGCCAAGCUGUGCAGACCCCAACCUCUUGUCAAAGACGGUGAGAGGCGAAUGGGAUUUCAAAGGGUAUAUAGCAUCGGACUGUGAUGCAGUGGCCAUCAUCUAUGACGCACAAGGAUACGCCAAAUCACCCCAAGAUGCUGUGGCUGAUGUUCUAAGAGCUGGCAUGGAUGUCAACUGCGGAUCCUACCUGCAGAAAUACACGAAAUCAGCAAUACUGCAGAAAAAACUGCCUGAAUCCCAGGUAGACCGAGCUCUCCAUAAUCUCUUUGCUAUUAGAAUGAGGUUAGGACUUUUCAAUGGCAAUCCGCUGCACAAUCCUUUCGGCAACAUCAGGGCCGAUCAAAUUUGCUCCCCCGAGCACCAGAUUCUAGCACUCGAAGCCGCUCGUAACGGCAUUGUCCUUUUGAAGAACCAUGCAAAGCUCCUUCCGCUUCCGAAGUCAGCCAUGUCCCUGGCUGUAAUUGGCCCUAAUGCAAAAUCCCCGCAGACACUUGUAGGAAACUAUGCAGGUCCUCCAUGCGAGUCUACUACUCCUUUGCAAGCUCUACAGAGCUACGUUAAGGACACCGUUUACCACCGGGGUUGCGAUACUGUUUCUUGUUCGAGCAUUGCGAUUGAUGAAGCAGUCGAUAUAGCGAAACGAGCACAUUUCGUGGUGUUGAUAAUGGGGUUAGACCAAACUCAAGAAAGAGAGGCCCUUGAUCGUGUCGAUUUAUUGCUUCCUGGGAGGCAACAGGAACUCAUCACCAGUGUCGCAAAAUCCGCAAAGAAACCAGUUGUUUUGGUGCUUCUCUCUGGUGGUCCAAUUGAUGUAUCUUUUGCCAAGGACGAUCACAGGAUCGGAGCCAUUUUGUGGGCUGGUUAUCCCGGACAAGGAGGUGGUAUUGCCCUUGCCGAAAUAAUCUUUGGUGAUCAUAAUCCAGGAGGGAGACUGCCGGGAACUUGGUAUCCACAAGAUUAUACCAAAGUACCAAUGACAGACAUGCGAAUGAGACCAGACUCGUUUUCGGAUUAUCCAGGUCGCACUUACAGAUUCUAUGAAGGAGACAAAGUGUUUGAAUUCGGCUAUGGCCUUAGUUACUCAAAAUAUUCAUACAAAUUCACUCAUGUGUCCCGAAAGAAUCUUUACUUGAACCAUUCAUCAAGUUUACAUACAACUAGGAGCUGGGAUUCCGUAGGGUACAAGCUUGUAUCGGAGGUAGGCACGCAAGUGUGUGAUGAAAACAAGUUCAAGGUUGGUGUGGGAGUGAAAAAUGAUGGGGAGAUGAGCGGUAAACAUCCGGUAUUGUUGUUUGCGAGGCAAGGAAAGGUUGGAGAUGGGAGGGUGAAGAAACAAUUGAUUGGGUUCCAAAGUGUGGUUCUAAGUGGAGGGGAAAGGGGUGAGAUUGAGUUUGAGGUAAGUCCCUGUGAGGAUCUAAGUAGGGCUAAUGAGUAUGGGGUGAUGGUAAUGGAUGAAGGAAGGCAUUUCUUGGUUGUAGGAGAUGAUAAAUUGCCGGUUACUAUUAUAAUCUGAUGCAUGUGGGACUUACUCGUAAACCCCCAAAAUGUCGGCCAUAAUAAUUUUAUCAGAAGUCCCUAAGAUCAAAUGUAUAUCCUAAUUUAAGAAACUACUUCGGUUUUCUAUUUUAUCUA